UGAAAACACCAAUUAAGUUAUCAAAUCCAACAUAGUAGGUGGAGGUCCCACCAACAACAACCGCACCAAUCUACCAACCCACUGAAGUCUGAAAGUAGCAAAGUGCCCGAUUGCUGACAUCAACAACCACUGCAUCUCCAUUCUCCACUCCAUUCCCAAUCAACCGCCACAAAAAAAUUCAGAAGAGAGAGAAAAUCAGCUACUUCUAGAGAGAGAAAGCGCGGCAAUGGCGAUGUCAAUGGCGCUUCGCAGACUCUCCUCUUCUUCUUCAUCAUCUUCCUUUCGUCCUAUCUUCAAUGGCGGUUCUAAUUUCUACAUGUCUUCUUUGUCAAAUCAAGCUUCUCUUGAUAGCAAUCGAUCUCGUGUUAAUUGGAUAAAGCAGCUGAAUGAACCGCUUGAGGUUAUUGAUCCUGAGAUUGCAGACAUUAUUGAGCUGGAAAAAGCUCGGCAAUGGAAGGGGCUUGAGCUUAUACCGUCGGAGAAUUUCACAUCUGUUUCAGUAAUGCAAGCUGUUGGUUCUGUCAUGACUAACAAAUACAGUGAAGGAUAUCCAGGGGCUAGAUACUAUGGAGGAAAUGAGUACAUUGAUAUGGCUGAGUCAUUGUGUCAGAAGCGGGCAUUGGAAGCUUUUCAACUGGAUCCUGCAAAAUGGGGAGUCAAUGUGCAGUCUCUAUCUGGAUCACCAGCCAACUUCCAAGCUUAUACUGCACUUCUGAAACCCCAUGAAAGAAUCAUGGCACUUGAUUUACCUCAUGGUGGACAUCUUUCGCACGGUUAUCAGACUGACACCAAGAAGAUAUCAGCUGUGUCCAUAUUCUUUGAGACCAUGCCAUAUAGAUUGGAUGAGAGCACAGGUUACAUAGACUAUGAUCAGAUGGAGAAGAGUGCCACUUUGUUUAGGCCAAAAUUAAUAGUUGCUGGUGCAAGUGCUUAUGCACGCCUAUAUGAUUAUGCACGGAUCAGAAAGGUUUGUGACAAGCAAAAAGCUAUCAUGCUAGCAGAUAUGGCACAUAUCAGUGGGUUGGUUGCUGCAGGUGUCAUUCCAUCUCCUUUUGAGUAUGCAGACAUAGUGACAACUACAACACAUAAAUCUCUCCGAGGGCCACGAGGAGCAAUGAUAUUUUUUAGGAAGGGUCUGAAAGAGAUGAACAAGAAAGGGCAGGAAGUAAUGUAUGAUUUUGAAGACAAAAUCAAUCAGGCUGUCUUCCCAGGACUUCAGGGUGGACCACACAAUCACACUAUUGCUGGCUUAGCUGUUGCAUUGAAACAGGCUAGGACUCCAGAGUACAAAGCCUAUCAAGAGCAGGUGCUAAGUAACUGUGCUGCAUUUGCCCAGAAGCUGGCAGACAAUGGGUAUCAUCUGGUUUCUGGCGGGACCGAUAACCAUCUAGUCUUGGUGAAUCUGAGAGACAAGGGUAUCGAUGGAUCACGAGUUGAAAAGGUCAUGGAAGCAGUUCAUAUUGCUGCUAAUAAAAAUACAGUUCCUGGUGAUGUGUCAGCCAUGAUUCCUGGAGGCAUCCGUAUGGGAACCCCUGCGCUAACAUCCAGGGGAUUUGUGGAAGAGGAUUUUGCCAAAGUGGCUGACUUCUUUGAUGCUGCUGUUAAAUUGGCGUUAAAGAUAAAGGCUGACACAAAAGGGACAAAGCUGAAGGAUUUUGUAGCUACCAUGCAAUCAAAUGACAACUUCCAGUCUGAGAUCAUGAAGCUGCGCCAAGAUGUUGAGGACUUUGCUAAACAAUUUCCGACAAUUGGUUUUGAGAAAGAGACGAUGAAAUACAAAGACUAGACAUUGCAGUCAACGAAAGAUCGAGAAUGUUGCUCAGAUAAUUGGUCAGCCUCUCUAGUGGAAAAUUGAACAAGAUAUAGUGAAGUAUCACGGCAAAAUAACAACUAUAUGAAAAGAGAGAAUCCAAGUAUACGGCAGUUUGAUAUUAUUCAGCAUGAAUUUGUAUCAGGCAUGUAUCAAAACAGCAACAAAUUAAAUGUCGCCAAUAUUAGCAGAUUUUUUUUAUUAGUUGAUCACUCUUUUUGGUAUCAAAUAAAGAAGCAAAGAAUCAUUAUUUUCUUAA